AUCACUAAUCUGCUUCUAAAAUGGUGGCGGACUCCUAAAUACAAGGACAUAGCAUUAGGCUCUUAGCUAGCUCUUUGUGCAAAAAUGGCAGCUGCUGCUAUGUAUCAAGUGGAGGAGACAACUAAACCAGUAGUGCCGCCACCGCCAAUAACUCAAGAACCACCGCUUGCAUCUGUUGCCACGGCUACACCAAACGACGUCGUUAAACCAACACUUCAUGAUACUACUACUACACCUACAGCUCUCACACCACAAAAAACUGAUCCUUCAUCAAAGAUAAGUUCAAAAGGAUCCCUUGAUAGAGAUGUUGCUCUUGCACAGCUUGAAAAUGAGAAAAGGUCUUCUUUUGUCAAGGCAUGGGAAGAAAGUGAAAAAAGCAAAGUGGACAACAAGGCCCAGAAGAAGCUCUCUGCAGUUGUUAGAUGGGAAAACACCCAGAAAGCUAAGCUUGAAGCAAAACUGAAAAAACUUGAGGAACAACUAGAGCACAAGAAAGCAGAAUAUGCAGAGAAGAUAAAAAAUAAAGUAGCAUUAAUUCAUAAGGAGGCAAAUGAGAAGAGAGCCAUGGUUGAUGCGAGACGAGGGAAAGAAAUUCUGAAGGCAGAGGAGAUGGCAGCCAAGUAUCGCGCUACAGGGAAGGCCCCUAAGAAGUUUCUUGGAUGCUUUUGAUGUUAAUAUGUUAUGAAAUUGCGAAGAUCAUGAAGGAUAAGUCUUCUCUUUUCACUUUGUAAAUUUCAUGCUGCUGCUUUUUAGUGUGUGUUCUUUUAUGAGUGUCCAAUUUGAUUUCACAGGUUUUUACUCUGUAUAUAUACUUUACCAAUAAGGUUAUCAAAUAUCGUUCUUAUUCAA